CCCACUGAAUCAUCUGAAUCUCCCGAGUCCUCUGAGCCGAGUGAAUCUCCCGAGUCCUCUGAGCCGAGUGAAUCUCCCGAGUCCUCUGAGCCGAGUGAAUCUCCCGAGUCCUCUGAGCCGAGUGAAUCUCCCGAGUCCUCUGAGCCGAGUGAAUCUCCCGAGUCCUCCGAGCCGAGUGAAUCUCCCGAGUCCUCCGAGCCGAGUGAAUCUCCCGAGUCCUCCGAGCCGAGUGAAUCUCCCGAGUCCUCCGAGCCGAGUGAGUCUCCCGAGUCCUCUGAGUUCCCCGAGUCCCCUGAAUCUUCUGAGUCCCCCGAGCCGAGUGAGUCUUCUGAUUCCCCUGAGCCGAGUGAGUCUUCUGAUUCCCCUGAGCCAAGUGAGUCAUAUGAUUCCCCUGAGCCGAGUGAGUCAUCUGAUUCCCCUGAGCCGAGUGGGUCAUCUGUGCCGAGUGGGUCAUCUGUGCCGAGUGGGUCAUCUGUGCCGAGUGGGUCAUCUGUGCCGAGUGAGUCCCGUGUGCCUCUUUGGUCAGCUAGUGUGGCCACCCCGAAGCUCCAGAGACUUUCUAUUGUCACCAGAACUAUGGCCAGUACAGAACUCUCUGCCUAUCCCACGAUGGCUGUCCCCAAGCUCCUUGCCCUCACUGCCUGGUCCAUGAUGACAAUAUGUGAACUCACUGCCCUGUCUAACCAGGCCCAGAGGGCCUCUCUCUGUUGUUCCUCUCUACCCAGGUUCCUGGUACCACCAGCACCACCCUGGUAUCCAGUCCCCCUCUGUGCUCUGCCGGCUCCGCCCUGGGUUCCUGCUCUGCCAGCUCCGCCCUGGGUUCCUGCUCUGCCGGCUCCGCCCUGGUUGCCAGGUCUGCCGGCUCCUCCCUGGUCCCAGUCUCCGCCCGUGACUCCGCCUAGGUCCCUGUCUUCGCCCGGGGCUCCGCCCUGGCUCCAGCCUCCGCCCUGGCUCCAGCCUCCGCCCACCUGGACUUUAUUGUGGACUCUCUGGGAGCGUCUGGAAGCCGCUCUUAGGGGGGGCUAUGUAAUGAACUCUGUCUGUGUACCCUGUCUUGUACUCUUAUUUUGAAGUCAUGUCUGUGUCAUCCAUGUCUGUAGUUCUUUGUAGUUCUUUUGUUCAUUGGUCGUGUGAUGAUUGUUCCCCAGGUGUGUCUUGUUUUCCCUGAUUACUCUGUGUAUUUAAGCCUAGUGUUUCCAGUGUCUGAUGUCGAUCGUUACUUGAUGUUAUGGUGUUUCAUGUUCCGUGUUCUUGGUUCCUUGUGGGACUUC